AACCAAACAUCCAACGGUGACCCUCACAUCUCUCACACUCUAGAGAGAGAAACAAACAACCAAACCAAGAGAGAGAGAGAGAGAGAGAGAAACAAACCAAGAGGGGUUGAGGGUUAACAGAAGAAGAAGAAGAAGAAGAAGAAAAGAACCUCUUUUGUUUUUAGUUUUUGUUUCUUGUUCAUUUAAUCAAUCGAUCUGUUUCACUUUCACACCCAUUUCUUGAAAUCAAACAUCUUUGAUUCAUGGAGAUCAGAAUCCCCAUCUGGGUUCUUUGAAAGUUUGAAUCUUUUUAUUCAGAUUUGUUAACAAGAAUGAUGGAUUUGAAUACAAUUGAGUGUGCAUCUUCUUCUGAUGGUCUUGAAGAUGAAGAGAUCCAUUCACAAAUCACCCAUCAGUUUGCUUCUUCUAAACCUCAUAAUAAUAACAAUAAUAAUUUGGGGAUUAUUCCACCUGGAUUGCCUCCUGCUACAAGUGUUCAUGAGUUGCUUGAGUGCCCUGUUUGUACCAAUUCUAUGUACCCUCCUAUUCAUCAGUGUCACAAUGGACACACAUUAUGCUCCACCUGUAAAACACAAGUGCAAAACCGGUGCCCCACAUGCAGACAAGAAUUGGGGAAUAUUAGAUGCUUAGCUUUGGAAAAAGUUGCGGAAUCGCUUGAACUACCGUGCAGAUAUUUCUCAUUGGGAUGCCCCGAGAUAUUCCCUUAUUACAGCAAACUCAAACACGAAGCUUUGUGCAAUUUCCGACCCUAUAAUUGCCCGUAUGCUGGCUCAGAGUGCUCGGUUACAGGAGACAUACCUUUUCUCGUUACUCAUCUCAGGGACGACCAUAAAGUAGAUAUGCACACCGGCUGUACAUUUAAUCAUCGUUAUGUCAAGUCUAACCCCCGUGAAGUUGAAAACGCCACAUGGAUGCUUACGGUAUUCCAUUGUUUCGGGCAGUACUUCUGCCUUCACUUUGAAGCGUUUCAGCUGGGAAUGGCGCCUGUUUACAUGGCGUUUCUUCGGUUCAUGGGUGACGAAGCAGAUGCGCGCAACUACAGCUAUAGCCUAGAAGUUGGAGCGAACGGGAGAAAACUUACAUGGGAAGGAACACCGAGAAGCAUCAGAGAUAGCCAUAGGAAGGUGCGUGAUAGCCACGAUGGGCUGAUAAUACAGAGGAACAUGGCCCUUUUCUUCUCGGGUGGUGACCGGAAGGAACUCAAACUCAGAGUUACCGGCAAGAUAUGGAAAGAACAACAGAAUCCGGAGGGUGGGGUUUGCAUCCCAAAUCUUUGUAGUUGAGAUGUUGGUUUUUAAAUGAUUAAUGUGCUUGUGGUGGUUUUUGUUUUGUUGAUUCUCAUUCUCUUUGUUGUAAUGCUUUUCAACUUACUACUGUCAUACUGUUUGUGGUGCAGUUGAAGUUCCUUAUUUGUAAAGUUCUAUGGAACUAUGCAAAUCUGAUCAGUGACCUUUGUUUCAUGAUGAGUAUAAUUAAUCAGUUCAAACAAA